UCAUUCCACACGCGUGCCUGCCCUGCGAUUUAUUGCCUUCCGAAAAGCUGUGCAGCUCCCUCUCCCUCCCCUUUACUAUCUCUUCCAACUUAAUCCUAACCUCACUUAAUAGUUGUAGUUCCUUCUUAUCGACCCUCUCCCAUCUUUACUAAAUCCCUAUCUCUCUUGGUAGGGUUUGGUGCUCUCUUAUCCCUCUUUACUCCACCUCUCUGCUUCGUCUUCGUGCUUUCCCUAGGGAGUAUCUUCAUUAUCUUCCCUCAUUACUCUGUAUCUUAUCUACUGCGGUAGCUGCGGCUUCAUCUUUGGCGCAAAACCCCCAUUAAUUGAGGAGGUGUGCAAAUUGAAGGUAUUGUCGUGUCUCCUUCUCACCAAGUCUUGCGGAAGUGCGGUUCCUGGUGCAAAUCUUUCAUUAAUCAAGGUGAUCUCGCUCGGUGGGAGAGCAAUAUUAUUUCUUCAUUUUGCCUCUCUAUUUCAAUUAUUUUGGCGCUUCGACUUGUCUACUCACAUCCAUUUAAUUCGGUUACCUCCUCUUACUAGUACCGGUGGGAGGGUUCUGCAGCAGAUAUGAGGGUGCUGCGUUGGUGCUGUGAAAGUAGAGGGUUCACGAUUCCUGAAGAGGGAAAGCGAUACCACCUGAGCCAAUUUGAUGGAAAUGCACGGGUGCGUAGCCAUCGAGGAUUACCAAAAAAUGUAUACAAUCAUAGGCAUACACAUUUGAGAAAUGUCGUAGUAAAGGCCUUCGGCAUUUUGAAGAGGCGUUUCAAGAUUUUUCGGCAAGCGACUCCCUUUCCUUACAAAGUGCAGUGUCGCAUCACCCUAGCAUGCUGUGUGAUUUAUAACUUUAUCAAGAGGCAUCAAGAAAAUGACAUGUACUUCAAUAUGCUGAUGGAACCAUUUUCUCAAGAUGAUCAAGAUGAGGAUCCAAUGCCUUUGGUUGGGGCUGUGGGAGCGGACGGCGGCGGCGGCGACGGCGACCUUAUGGAACUUGUCGGGGUUGCGGCCAAUGAGGACUAGAAAAAGACGGAAGGCCAAGGUGCGGCCGAUGCCGUCGGAGGCGCUCGUGAUGAUGGCCCACGCGGGCAGCACGACGGGGAUGACGAUCGGAUCAUCGACGACGACGACGAAGAAGAAGAAGGAGGAGGAGAAAAGGAGAAGGAAAAUGAGGAUACGAAGAAGAAGAGGAAGAAGAAAAAAACAGAAGAG